CUGCCUUCGAGGACAAGGAGCUGCAAGAGAGGCUGAGGGAGGCCGCCGCUUUGGGGGACCUGGAGGAAGUCCAGCGCUUGCUGGCCUUUGGGGUGGAUGUCAACUCCCAGAAUGAAAUCAACGGCUGCCCACUUGUCGAUGGAUGUCCAGAAUCAGCAGCAUCCACCGCGGUCCUUUUUAUCCUGGGCGACGACCGAGCCAGUAUAGACUUUGUUUUGGUUUGAUUCUCCAUAAUGCUAAUGGGUUAGGUGCUCUUAGUUCCGCUUCUCAGCUAAGGCCUCUCUGGCUUGGUUGGACCUGCCGGUAGUUACACUACUGCCAGCACAGCCCUCAGUCAUCAUUGGAGCAGUUAAGCCCAAAAUCAACUGUUUCAAUCAGACCAAAGACGGUUCUACUAGAAUCUGAACCAAACAACAGACACAGUAAUCAUAAAGCCAGAGAAAACUGCAACAAUGAAGUUCUGGAAAGAGCUUUGGGAAAAUAAUAAGAACUACAACAAAAAUGCUGGGUGGAUAAAGGAGUUUGAAGGAAAAUUCUCACAGAACAAAAUGGAACAGAUGGAAAUAACAACUGAAAUGAUCAGCAAACGAGUGCAAAAAGUCAAGAACUGGACAUCGCCUGGUAGUGAUCAACUUUAUGGAUUUUGGCUCAAACAUCUGAUUAGUUUACAUGGAAAAAUGGCCCAACAAUUCAAUGAGAUGCUGCAGAAAGGAAGUAUCAGUGAAUGGCUAACAACUGGAAGAACUUACCUGAUACAAAAGGAUCCAGUAAAAGGAACAGCACCAGGAAACUACAGGCCAAUAAUGUGUCUGCCCACUAUGUUUAAACUACUGACUGGCAUCACAGCUGACAGAAUUCAAGACUAUCUUGAAGAAAAAAACAUCUUGCCAGAUGAACAGAAAGGCAACAAACGGCAAAGCAGGGGCACAAAAGACCAGUUAUUAAUUGACAAAAUGAUUCUGGAGAACUGUAAAAGCCAAAAAGCUAAUCUUCACAUGACGUGGAUUGACUACAAAAAGGCCUUUGACUCACUCCCAUACAGCUGGAUCAUCAAGUUCCUGGACGCCAUCGGGAUUAGUAAAAAUGUUGGCACCUUUAUUGAAAACAUGAUGGAGCACUGGAAAACUGAACUGUUUGUUGGAAAUGAAAGCUAUGGACUUGUCAACAUCAGAAGAGGAAUUUUCCAGGGAGACUCAUUGUCCCCUCUGCAUUUCAUUAUUGCCAUGAUCCCUCUGUCAACAAUCUUACAAAAAACAAAUCUCGGCUAUCAAACAUCUAAGAAAUCUGACAAAAUUUCGCAUCUAAUGUACAUGGAUGACCUGAAGCUGUAUGGGAAAACGGAAACUGAAAUCCAGUCUCUGACUAACACUGUCCGAAUUUUUAUCACUGAUAUCAGCAUGGAGUUUGGUUUGGACAAAUGUUCGACAGUGGCAUUGAAGAAGGGGAAAAUCAUUGAAAGUGAGGGCAUAAAUAUGCCUAAUGGCCAAACAAUAAAGUGUCACCAACCAGAGGCCUAUAAAUAUCUGGGCAUAUUACAGCUGGACAACAUCAAGCAUGAACACGUGAAAACUGUGGUCAGCAAAACAUACACACAAAGGGUCAGAAAAAUUCUCAAAAGCAAGCUCAAUGGAGGCAACACCAUCAAGGCCAUAAACACCUGGGCUAUACCUGGCAUAAGAUAUACUGCUGGCAUCAUAAACCGGAUACAGGUGGAACUGGACAAUUUGGACAGAAAAACAAGAAAACUCAUGACCAUUCAUCAUUCACUGCACCCCUGCAGUGAUGUUGACCGGCUAUAUCUGCCUAGAAGAUCAGGGGGCAGAGGACUCUUACAAGUAAAACAAACAGUCAAAGAAGAAGCACAUGCCCUGGCAGAAUAUGUAAAGCAAAGUGAAGAACCUGCUUUGAUUGAAGUCAAAAAUCAGAAACUCCUCAAAACACAGAAGACAAAGAAUCAGUACAAGAAAACCGCACUACAAACUAGAGCUGACAGCUGGCACAACAAAACACUGCAUGGAAAGUUCCUUGACAAAAUUGAAGGAAAAGCUGAUAAGGAGAAGACCUGGCUCUGGCUCACAAAUGGGACCCUGAAGAAGGAGACAGAAGGCCUGAUCCUUGCAGCCCAGGAACAAGCCAUCAGAACAAAUGCAAUUAAAGCCAAGAUCGAAAAAUCAGCUGAUGACUCAAAACGCAGACUGUGCAAGGAAGCUGACAAAACCAUUGAUCAUAUCCUCAGCUGCUGUAAGAAAAUCGCACAGACAGACUACAAACAGAGGCACAACUAUGUGGCCCAAAUGAUUCAUUGGAACUUAUGCCUCAAGUACCACCUCCCAGCAGUAAAGAACUGGUGGGAUCACAAACCUGCAAAAGUAUUGGAGAAUGAGAACGCAAAGAUACUGUGGGACUUCCGAAUCCAGACUGACAAAGUUCUGGAACACAACACAUCAGACAUCACAGUUGUGGAAAGGAAAAAGAUUUGGAUCAUUGAUGUUGCCAUCCCAGGUGACAGUCGCAUUGACGAAAAACAACAGGAAAAACUCAGCCGCUAUCAGGACCUCAAGAUUGAACUUCAAAGACUCUGGCAGAAACCAGUACAGGUGGUCCCGGUGGUGAUGGGUACACUGGGUGCUGGGCCAAAAGAUCUCAGUCGGCAUUUGGAAACAAUAGACAUUGACAAAAUUACGAUCUGCCAACUGCAAAAGGCCACCCUACUGGGAUCUGCACGUAUCAUCCGAAAAUACAUCACACAGUCCUAGACACUUGGGAAGUGUUCGACUUGUGAUUUUGUGAUACGAAAUCCAGCAUGUCUAUCUUGUUUGCUGUGUCAUAAUAAAAUAAUAAUAAUAAUUGCAGGCAGAUCCACUUCUGACAACCAGGUGGCACUAUUUAUAAGAUGAUA